AUGCCUGGCCGAAAGGAUGUCUAUGCAGAUUGGGUUAGUGGGGUUGAGCGUAGAAGGUGGUUGCUUUGGAUCUUCUACUUCUUGUAUUUCAUUGAGGGUGAGAUUUUUACUUUUGGGAUGUUAACAAUGCUAGAGUUUUGGUUUUGUGUGGGUGUUUCCAUCGUCAAGGUGGGUGCUACCGUUGUCAAGAUGAACUGUUUAGUUAAGGUUAUGGGGAAAAAUAUGUCAAUCUCUGAUGGUCUAGCUCUUGACAACCCCACUGUUUAUCGUAGCCUCAUUGGAGCAUUGCAAUAUCUUUGCUAUACUCAACCUGACAUUUGCUUUGCUGUGAAUAAGCUAAGCCAAUUCCUCAAAGCUCCCACUACAGUCCAUUGGGGAGCAGCCAAGAGGAUCUUAAGAUAUCUGAAAGGAACAGUUCAUAAUGGCUUGCGCAUUGGCUGCAAUGAGAGGUUGAUGAUCACAGGCUACUCAGACGCGGAUUGGGCCUGUUGUGUGGAUGAUAGACGUUCAGUUGGGGGUUACUGCGUCUAUCUUGGAGACACUUUAAUCUCGUGGUCAUCUAAGAAACAACAAGUGGUGUCAAGGUCAAGCACGGAGUCCGAAUAUCGAGCCUUAGCUCAAGUUGUUGCUAAGAUUACUUGGGUUGAAUCUCUCUUGCGUGAAAUCUAG